CCACGCUCCAGCUCUGGGCUCUGCUCCAAAGCCCUGGUGGUGACUAUUAAAAUCACCUGCAUAGAUGCAUGGAAUAGGAGUGCUGGGUAGUGCUGGUUUUGGCCAUUUUGUGCCGGGGCUUUAUAGACGUUGGUAAUGUGGAGCUCCCCUACUUUGAUAGUUGUGGCAAAUGUGAUCUCCUCUUCAGUUGAUGGAAUAAUAUUGAAAUCUGUGAUGGUGUCCUUGAUGUAUAUUUCCAAGCCAUAUUUAGGAUGGUAAUGGCUAGUCAUUAGAUUGUGUCCAUAGAUAUGGUAGUGCCUAGCCUGUUGGUUGUUGCCAACAUGGGUCUCUUGCAACAUGAAGAUAUCAAUGGUGUAAACCUUCAGCAAGUUUCCAAGGUACUUGAAUUUUGCCCAUGAGAGUCCUUCAGCAUUAAGUUGCAGGAUUCUUAUUCCAGGGCCUAUUUGGCACGUUGUAUGGCCCUGAGGAGGAACUUCAGGAUUUGUUGAGUUGCUGCUCUAAUGACCAGGAGAUCGCUGAGCGAUGUUUGGUUGCUGAGUUGAUGGCAUUCGUUGUGAAUUCUCACUUAACAGAGUGGGCCCCGUGAAGGCUGCCAUCUUCCACUCCGUCAUUUUACUACGAGAAUAUUAAUUUUCAACAAUAUGCUAAAGAACAUUUUACUAGCUUUCUAUGAGGUAUUAUAAUCAACUAGACUAUGCUUAUCAGAUUAACAAAGUACAUUUUGUAAUGCAGCAUCUUUGCUUUUCUGUUGUUUAUUGAUUUGAUAAUUGGCAAAAUUCUCUUGAUCUGCAAAUAAACCUUCUAGGUCAUGACCUUGCAGACACUUACGAAUACAUGCAACUUUAUGCAAGUUAAUACUCCCAUUGAAAUCAUUGGGAUUGUUUGUAGAAUGGGACCCUAGUUAUAAGUGCUGAUUAAUAAGGUACUAUUAUAGCUAUAAAUAGACUUGGCAGAAUUCAGUUUUUAUUUUUAUAAUUUUGAUGGAUAUUAUCGAUGUUUAUUUUUAUUUUUAUCAAUUUAAAUUUUCACAGUUGUAGGAAAUUAUGGGAGGGUCAGACAAUUAAUGAGUAGACAUUGACUUUCAAAAAGUUAAAUCUUUAUAAUGCUUAAAACACAAAUUGUCAACAUCACAUGUCAAAAUAUACAAAGCAAAUAUCCUUACAGAAAACUAGUACGUUCUUAAGCAGCAUUUUUCUCACUUUGAUUAUUGUUGACAGAAAUAUUUUUUCAUCCAUUUGUGCAUGUCCAGGAAAAUUGACGCUUAUUGACGCUUACCAAUAAAAAUCUAAUCCUUUCAAUCCUCUUUAUAAAGGGGCACCACUCUGUCUACAUCAUGCUUGACUAUUGUUUAAUAAUAUUUUACUACUUAUUCCUAAAUUGCUGCCUUUUAGUUUAAUAACCUGGUAAUAAGUGUUUCCUGAGAAUGAAAAUAUUUAUAUAAAGACCAAUUGAGUUGUUUGCUUUUUUUCUGCAGAGGUCUCUUAACUAACACACGGAAGACAGUUUUUCCUGUUCAGUUGACCAUAUGAAAUCAAGAUUUUAAAGUUGUUUGGUUGCCUGACAAAAAAUGUAGUUUUUCCAAUUUUGGGGGAUAUCAUCUGAUUCUCAAGUAAAUCAAAAUUAAAUGUUUUUGCUACGGUGACAGUUUAAAUAGCAUUCCUCUGUACAGUUGUACCAUAGUUUUUUUUAGGUUUCUCUUAUUUUUAGCAUUCUGUCACUGUAGGUUUAGUUGUGCCUUUACUUUAAUAUCUGUUAAAAUGUCACUCCACCAACUGUAAGAGAACUGAGACUAAUUUGCUGUCUAAAUAUUAUAUGUCAAACACAAGUAAAAAUUUAAAACUCUUUGGGGCAGGAAUGGUUUGGGGUUUUUGUUUGUUUUUUGCUGUGUUUACAGUAUCCCUAGCACAAUGGGGCUUCUGGCUACUGCUGCAAUACAAAUUAAUAAUAAAUACUCUAAAGGCCCGAUCUUACAGUGCUUGGCUUGUGAAAAGUCUCAAGUGUUUAUGUAAGUGAGGCAUUUUGGGAUCAUCCCCAAAGAAGGAUAUGUCUCCAGUAAUGUGAAUAGUGUCUGUCUAGUUUUGAAAUCUAAAUGUGAUCUGAUCAAACACAAUAAACACAAAUCUUUUACUACUACUUGGUUUUGGGUGCUAAUUUUGGCCCUGAUACAACAAAGACCUACAUACUUGCAAGAUCAGGGGCUUUGUGUAUAUCCAUAAAUACGUUUUGUUUCUGGUCCUCCUAUAAGCCACUAGAGAACCAUAGCUGAAAAAGGCUCUAUGCUUGUGCCAUUCGCUCCAAAAACAAAUUAAAAAAAAAAAAAUUCUUGUCAAAUUUGCCAUAUAUUUUUGGACAUCAAGGUCAGGAUUGUUUUUCAUUACUCUGAGUUCCAGCAUAGUGCUUCUUAGCUUUUGCAAAUCCUCAAAUUACGAGAGAUCCUCUCUGUAAAAAAUUGAGUUCAAUCACAAUGGAAAUUUUCUAUCCGAAAAUCUAAUGUACACAUUGCAUAAUAUGCAACAUAUUUUUUAAGAUAGGGAUAAUUUAUUUAUAUUUCUUUGAUCUAGAAUGACAAGCUCAGGGUUGUGGUUGAUGCUGUGCAUGCUGACAACAUGAGUAUCUUAUUGAAAUCUGCACAGUCUUUGACAGAAUAAAACAUGGCUGAGGAUUCUCAGAGAAACUUCCGCUCUGUCUACUAUGAAAAAGUGGGAUUUCGUGGUGUUGAAGAAAAGAAAUCAUUGGAAAUCCUACUGAAAGAUGAUCGAUUGGAUAUUGAGAAACUUUGCACAUUUAGUCAAAGAUUUCCUCUCCCAUCCAUGUAUCGUAUCCUGGUGUGGAAGGUGCUUUUAGGAAUUAUUCCUCCUCACCAUGAAUCUCAUGCUCUGGUGAUGAAGUACCGAACAGAACAAUAUAGGGAUGUGUAUCAUGCCCUCCAAGUAAUUCGGUUUAUCAAGGAUUCUACCCCACAGGUUGAAGUUUUCCUUCGCAUGCAUCAACUGGAGUCGGGAAGGUUGCCUCGAAAUCUGGCUUUUCCUCUGGAACCAGAAGAUGAAGUGUUUCUUGCCAUAGCUAAAGCCAUGGAGGAAGUGGUGGAGGAUAAUAUCGACUGCUACUGGCUUGUCAGUAGUUUUGUGAAUCAGUUAAACAACAAAUACAAAGAUUCGUUACCACAGCUGCCAAAAGUUCUUGAACAGUAUUUGAAUGUUGAAGAUAACAGACUCCUGGCGCAUCUGAAGGCCUGCUCUGCAGUGAGCAAACUUCCUUACAAUCUUUGGUUUAAGAAGUGUUUUGCAGGGUGUUUACCUGAAUCCAGUUUACAGAGGGUUUGGGACAAAGUUAUUAGUGGAUCCUGCAAGAUUCUUGUUUUUGUUGCUCUGGAGAUUUUAUUAACCUUUAAAAUGAAGAUAAUGGCCCUGACUAACGCAGAGAAGAUCACACAGUUUCUGGAAAAUAUUCCUCAAGAUAACACUGAUGCAAUAGUGAGCAAAGCUAUUGAUUUGUGGCACAAACAUUGUGGGACACCGGUACAUUUGGUAUGAGAACUUGCUGCAGUCCUCAAGGUUUGGAAGGACAUACCUUCUGAUUAUCCUUCCCUAGAUUAGUAUCUGUAGACAUUAAAUUGUUUCACAUUUUUGCUGUAAAUAUCACGCUGAUUAAUUUGUAAAUUGUUGCAGUAAAAAUAAAGACUGAGUUGUGCUGUGA